AUGGUCGAUAUACACUUGAACAUCUACACUGCCAACGUUACCCCCGAGAUCCCCAAGAAUGAAAUGAUCGGAUCUGACUAUUUCCUCUUCUGUCCUUUGCACGGAUGUGAAAAAAUCUCGGCUUUCGGCGAUUGGACGUAUCGGUCACGGCCACACGGCCACACGGCCUCGACGCAAGCCAUGGCCAUUGAAUCUGAUCCUCAGGUAGAAGUUACACAUACUGAUGAAAUAAGAGAAGAAUUAUAUCCUUCCCAGACCAUCACUCAUAUGAUCGAGUUUAAGGACGAAAACCGCCCGACCCUAACUAUGGUAUUAAACUUCGACAUCCGUACAACUUUCAAUUGGACAACCUCGGACGUUCCUGAGAAAAGUAAAAUAAAUCCACAUCAUGGUCAAAUACAAGCUUUCAUCAAUUCCGAUAUAAAAGUCAAAUUUGAAGGGACCAAUGUGGAAGAAAAUACAGAACCGUUCAUAUUUCCAUAUCAACCUACCUCUCGGAUCAACUUGGACGAUAUCCUGCAGUCCGUUACGGAACGCAAAUCUGUGAGCGAGUGGGCGCAACGGAUCGCCGACGCUCAUGAUUACAGUUGUGAUCAUCGAAAAAUUCGCGUAAUUUUCCCAGAGGCGUAUAACAAUAUGAGUACUCCUGAAUGGCUCGAGGCGAAGGAGGAUGGUGGAGUGUGGGUGAUGAUUUGUGUAGCCGGAACUGCUGUCGCAGUUGUCCAAGGUCUAGCACACUCUGAAGGUAUAAUCUCGACCCAGGGUCCUAGAGAGCAUCCUGUGAUGAAGGCAAUCGAGGUGUUGGUUUCAAAAGUAAAGGUCAAGGAAUCCUGGGGAUCCUCGAUCAUUGAAAUGGAGCACGCCUACAGUGGUUAUGUAGGUGGUUUGAUCAAAAAAGCAAUGGAAAAGUAUCAAGCGGCCACCACUGAAAACUUUCAAGCCGCGAUGGAUUCCAUAUUGGGAUGGCGACGACCAUCUAGCUUGGCAUCCACUUCCCAGAAAACGAAUAAGGGGUAA